AUGCUCAUCGGAAAACUCUAUCGUCGAUUAAAAAGAAAAAGAUUAUCAAAAGAAGAACAAUUUCGAAUCGAAUUAACACAAGAAGAACGUGUACUUCUACGCGCAUCAGAUCCGAAUUCAGCUGAAAUGCUGUACGUUCGAAAUUUAUUUCGUUCGGCCGAUAAACGACCACGUAGUGAUGCACUUAUUGCUCGUCUUAUACCAAAAUUUAUUUAUGAAUGGCGAGAUGAUUUUCAUUUUUCAUCUCGUGUUCUUUGUGUCUAUUCAUCGAUUUGUCUUCUUCUCUUUUUUAUUGCCAUACAUGUAUGUAUUGAAACUAUACCAUAUUUACAUGCAUUUCAAGGAACACUUCAACAAUUUGUUCAGCACAUAUCGAGUUCAAACAAAGUACAUGGCAAUACUAAUGAAGUCAAAGAACAAACAUCGUUAUUUAUCGUGCCACAAUUGGUUCGACCAUUUAUAUUAGCAGUAGCAACAACUGCAAUAAUCAUCAUCAUACAUUUGUUAGCAUUACUUGCUAAUAUUCGUCGAAAUCUUUUUCAAUCAUUUCGUGGUGAUUGUUGUGAAAUACCACGACGGCAACGAUCAAAAUAUGUUUCCUAUGCAACGGAUUAUUCGCCAUUAGGACGUCAAUUGGAAUCAUUUGAUGCUGGUUUCAAAGCCUAUUGCGGUUUUAUUCAUACGGAAUGUGCUCAUCGACAUCCAGUCAUGUUAGUCUUUGCUUCGCAUCUUCUUUCUCAAGUGAAACUUAAACAAGCUGUGGGUUAA